GUCUUCGGCAUCGCGCUUGUUCCAUCUCCUGAGGUAGUGCACAGCUGCGGGACGUCUACGGGUCACACAGUGUGCGUGGUGUCCAAUGGCAAUGCUGAGCAGCGGGCGCGUCUUGGGCGACUGCGGCAUGAGCGAAGGUGUGGCGGAUAAGCGAUUUGCGGAGAUGGAUGGCGGAGGCUGCGGCCACGGUCUGCGGGCGGAAGAGAUGGAGGCGGUGGUGAUGGCGGUGUCUACCACCCCGCGAUGGUGGAUCAAACGACGUACUGGCGGAACAUGGGAGGACCUCCGGCAAAGCGAUGACGCCACGGUCGAGUACUACCGCCAAAAGUUGCGCAUGUCGAUGGCCAUGUUCAAGCAGAUCGUAGCCGCUCUCGCCUCGUUCGUGGAGAAGAAGGUCACGCACUACAGAACGCCAUUGCCAGCGGAGCAGGUUAUCGCUUUCGCGUUGUACAGGUGGGCGUCCGGGGAGACGUACGAGAGUGGCACUUCAGCUUUCGGCAUCGGCAGGGCCACUGGAGUGCUCGCCGUCCGCGACGUCACUUCGGCGCUGCUGCGGGUGUACCCCGAGAUCAUCAAGUGGCCAGUGGGCCGCAGACGUGCGCAGAUUCUCCACGCUUUCCGUGAUAAGGGAUUCUCGAACUGCUUCGGCGCCAUCGACUGCACACACAUCUACAUCGACAAGCCCGCCGGCACACCUUCUGCCAACUACUACGACCGCAACCACAAGUUCUCCGUGCAGGCGCCGGUCAUCGUGGAUUUGGAUCUCCAGAUCCUAGACGUCCACGUCGGAUACCCGGGGAGUGUGCACGACGUCCGCGUCCUGCACAAUUCCCAACUCUGGAGGCGCGCACAGAUUGGCGAGCUCUUUGACGCAGCUCUUGAGAAUUUGCCGCACGGUGUCGUCACGCGAGGAUACCUUCUGGGCGACAACGGUUAUCCUGUUGCCCAUCCAUGGAUCGUGCAGCCGUAUGGAGGAAUAGACCAAGGUCCUGACGAGGAGCGCUUCGACAACCGGCAGAAGGUGGUGCGGGGGUGUGUGGAGAGGGCGCUCGGCCGACUGAAGUGCAUGUGGCGUCUGUUCUUGCGCACCCACAAGACGAACCUGGAAACAUUGCCACAACAAUUCAUCGUCAUCUGCACUCUCCACAACAUCCUCCUCUAUGCGGGGAUCGACUUCGAUGAGAACCUGUUAUGGGAGGUGGGUCCGGACGGCGUCAGGCGCAGAGUGGACUUGGGCAUUGUCGGGGGCGGCGGAGGCAGGCGGCCAAAGAGCUCCAACGUCGGGGGGGAGUUGUUGCGGAACGCGCUUCGCGACCGCCUGGCUUUGAUGUAGGCCCUCGCGGAGAGAGAGAGAGAGAGAGAGAGAGAGAGAGAGAGAGAGAGAGAGAGAGAGAGA